AGGAAGAUAAAGUACACAACAUAGCAUCAAGCAUUUCUUUAUUGUUUAUUUCGUUGUCAUAAGCAUUAUAUGGAUAUCCAAUAUUAUGUUAUCUAUUGUUGUAUGUAAUUAUUUAAGUACUGUAGUCUGAAAACAAACAGCAUUCAAAUCGGGAAUGAAUUUGAUCAGCUGUAUUUUGAAGUUGCUAGUAAUAUGUGUACUUCCUUUGAGAGGUUUGCCUUCAACAUCUUCAAAGAUAAAAGUACGGGGAACAGACAUAAAAAACAGACAGAAAGGAUUGCUGGAUAUUCAGUAUGCCCCAGUUGUUAAAAUAAGAAAUAAAGUAACUAAGAAAGGAUUAGAACUAAUAUGUAAUCCUAGAGGAAAUCCUGACAAUUAUACUUUCGCCGAUUGGGAGCACUGGUCUGAAUUCAAUGAACAUAUUCGAAAUGUUCAAGGGACAUCUGACGGUAAAUUGACCUUUCUGAUAUCCAACAAUAACAACAGCUUACAUGAAAAUGACGGCAUUUACAAAUGCAAAACAACAAACGGUAUCAAUGGUGCAAACGGAAGAUUAUACCAGAAAGGAUCAGUUCGCAUAACCAAUAAAGCUCCACCGAUAUUUGUGAAUGCAAAUAAACCAAUUCAAUAUGGUCGAUACGGUCAGAAGAUUAAGUUGAAGGUGCAAUUGUACAAUAAGUAUGGCACGAUACAAACAACUAUAUCAAAACUAAACGAGCCUUUGAAUAUACAUGGAAGACAGGAGAGGAUUCUAACACACGACAUGUUCCAUGGUGUAGAUGUAACAGUUUCUGGUAUAAAGAUAACAUUCCGACUGACACUGGCUAAAAUAGAAGAUUUUACAGAUUAUACAAUAAAGGCUUGUAACAACAUCACGUGUAAUGUUUUUACGGUGAAGGUAACAUCAAAUUGUCGUCCCGAGCCUCCACCAUAUGUGUCAGUAAUUCCAUAUGCUAGAUAUCUGGAAGUAGUGUGGGAUCCUGGAUUUGACGGGGGUUAUCUGCAGACAUUUUUCGUAGAAUAUCAACAAGAAUCCGAAAAUAUAUGGCAACGAUCUGGACCAGUUGUUGAUAACAGACAGGUUAAGAUGUUAACAUUCAUAAAUGAAUUGAAUCCAAAAACUCGAUAUCAUAUUCGGGUAUUGUCCAAAAAUGAGAUUGGAGAUAGCAAUCAGACGGCUGUGACUUCUGUGAUGACUUUAGAGCCAACGAUUAACAUAUAUCGUGUGAAAGCUGUGUUUGUAGUUUUAUUGAUAGUUAUUGUAGUUGUUCUAUCCAAAGAGGUGUCUUUAGUUGUAUUGCUCGUUUUAGCAGUCAUUUUAGCUGUUUACGGAUUGAUUACUUUUUUCUUUCUAAGAAGAAAAGAAAAAGAUGCAUCUGACAACUACAAUCCGAGGGAGGAAGAAGUUAGAGAAAACUUUCAAGUGGAACCAGUAGACAACCAGCUCUAUAUUUCAUCAGAAGACCUAGAUUUAGCUCGUGUGCAUAGCUUACGCAAUGAAAGCGAAAUGGAUACAACUUUGCCAUCAACAUCUCAUGAUAACCAAAUUUACCAGAUGCAACUUCAUAACGAAGGUGGAGCAAAUGGUCGGAGAUCAUGUACUUAUAUAAACAGGGGCAUGGUCUCGUCAGUUUACAACCCUCAGACUUGUGAUCCAAGUCUUAACUAUUCCGAAAUCACAUUCAACACAGCAUCGACAAUGCAAGAUGCUGUCAUACAUGGUGGUGUAAAUAGAACAAUAUAUUCUGAAAUAGAUUUAACGGCAGAACCUGUAGCUCCACUUUCCAGCAGCGAAAGUGAAAACGACGAAAGCGAUGAAAGUGAUAUUUGACUUAAUAUGUAUAUUGUUUAUAGUUUAUACAUAGUGUAGAGUAAGGAACGAUUCAUAUUUGUAUAUAUAUUUUCUUUGAUUCUUAUAAUGAAUUGAUUAGGUAAUGACAGUUAGCAAGGCAAUAUUUAGUAAUUAAUAAGAUCAUAAGGAUUGGCUUAUACAAGUUGCGAGCCUUAUUUACAUACCUUUGGACAUACUAAUGGACGUCAUACUAUACUCCAAAUUAUACACAAGAAACUAAAAUUAAAAACGAUACAAGACUUACAAAGGCCAAAGGCUCCUGACUUGAGACAGGCGAAAAAAUGCAGCGGGGUUAAACGUGUUUUUUUAGAUCUCAACCCUCCCCUAUACCUCUAGUCAAUGUAGAAAAAACAAACGUACAACAGUACGCACAGUAAAACUCAGUUUAAGAGAAGUCCGAGCCCGAUGUCAGAAUAGGAAACAAAAGAAAAUAAACAAAAUGACAAUAAUACAUAAAUGAACAAAGGACUACUAGCAGUUACUGACAUGCCAGCUCCAAACCUCAAUUAAACAGAUUGAAAGAUUAUGUCUUCAUCAUAUGAAAAUCAAGUACAAUCCCUCCCGUUAGGGGUUUAGUAUCAUACCAUCUGAAAUAUAUGAGAAGAACAUAACCCGUAUCAUGCCAACAACUGGUUUUAGAAUAAAUGUGUUUAAUUCCGAUGCAAAGACCCUAUAAGUGAAUUUAUAUUAAAGCCAAAAUAUGCAAUCUUUAAUGACCUGACAACAGUAUCGUAUCUAUAUCCCUUCUUAAUAAGUCUGUUUAAAGGUUUUGUUAGCUUUUGAGGUGAAUACUGACAUUGUUGGGCUUUGUAAAGAAUAUUACCAUAAAAGAUUGGAUGUGAAAUACCCGAACGUAUAAGAUGUCUGCAUGUUGAGUUAUAUUUACGAAUGAUGUCCUUAUACCGAUGAUAAAAUUUAGUAAAUGUGUUGACUAGUUUAUGAUAUCGAAAACCCUGGUGUAAUUAUUUUUCAGUAAUACAUAGAUUUCUUUCGCUAAAAUCUAAUACGUUGUUACACACACGAGCGAAUCGUACAAGUUGGGUAUAUAAACACCAUAAGAUGGUGACAAGGGAACGUCACCAUCUAAAAAUGGAUAAUUAACGAUAGGAAAUGAAAAAUUAUCUCUUUUAUCAUAAAUUUUUGUUUGAAGCUUCCCGUUAAUGAUAUAGAUAUCAAGAUCGAGGAAAGGACAGUGGUCAUUGUUAGUAUUAUCUUUAUUUAAAGUAAGUUAAACAGGAUAAAUUUCUUUAGUAUACAUACUGAAGUCGCCAUUAUUGAGAGCCAAUAUAUCAUCCAAAUAUCUAAAAGUGUUGUUAAAUUUUUGUAUCAGAUGUUGUUUCGAUGGGUCUUUACUGAUUUUAGUCGUAAAUUGUAACUCAUAACAAUACAAAAACAGGUCCGCAAUAAGUAGUGCACAGUUAGUCCCCAUUGGAAUUCCGAUAACUUCACGAUAUACAGAAUCUCCAAAGCAAACAAAAAGUUAUCAAGUAAAAAUUCAAGGGCAGAUAUAGUAUCAAAGCAUGUCCAAUUGACAUAGCUCUUUUGUUAGUUGCUAAUAAAAAAUGACCUAAAAGAGUUUGAACAUAUGUAUUCGCAUUCCGACUUUUUAAAUGCCCAUUUAAUUAGGUGUGUGAAUUUUUUCUUAAUAAGAAUAUGAGGCAAAGUGGUAUAUAGGGUAGAAAAAACAAAACUUUGAACAGAUUCAAAAUCACCAAGCCAGUACAUAGUUGGGACUUUCAUUGUAUUUGGUUCUGCUUGUAAAGAAGUAUCUGAUAGUUUAUAUUUGUUACAGAUAUCGUUUUCUGAUAAUGAAGUCAGUUGGAAUGUUGGUGAAUUCGUGAUUUCCAUUAUUUACCUCAUUAGAAAGUAUUAUUAAUCGAUCAAGUACAUCCGUCUGCUGUUCACAAUAUGAUAUGUACAUAAUAACUCCGUAAGAUAUCAAUAUUUCUUGAGAUUAGGUUCUGGAUAAACUUACAGUUGAAUAUUACAGUAUGCACUAAAUUAACGUACAUUUUACAUUCUUACGUUGUAAUCUCAAUGAAAAAAUCAUGACAGUAGGAUGAAAGCCAAAAUGAAAUAUAUUAUGAAAAACGUAAUACUUAUUAUGCAUUUUGUCAGUACAGAAUAAUGAGUGUGAAGAUUUAUGUUGUUUACUCUGUUAUUAUUAACUUGUAGUAUACAUUGCUUUGUUUUCUUAGUUAUGUAGUUUUGUCAUUAUCAAAAAAUGCAUAUUGUAUUGAUAAUUUUUCAAUGUAUAGUAUUAAAAUAUAUCCAACUUA